CUCUGCACAUUACAGCCUUGUGUUGUCACCAGCAUGCUAACCGGGGAGGCGACAUGAUCUCCAGCAAGCACGUCUUAUUGAAGCUACUCUUAAUACGAUUUACCCAGAUUAUUGUCAGGUGUCAUGUAGCCAGAUAGCUGAACAAACACGUCUCCGUCGCGUCUUCUGUGACCUCUCUGAGGCCUUCAGAGUGAGGAGGAAAUGAACCAGCUGAGCGUCCGUCGCUGGACGCCCAAACAUGUCGCCAAGUGGCUGAGGGAGGAGGGCUUCUGUGAAUAUGUGGACCUGCUGUGCAACAAGCACCGACUGGACGGCACCAGUCUGCUCGCCCUCAGCGAAUAUGACCUCCGCUCGCCACCUCUGGAGCUCAAGGUGCUGGGGGACAUCAAGCGGCUGAUGGUGUCCAUCCGCAAACUACAGAAACAGAACAUUGACCUGUUGGAGGAGCUGGGUCUUCCCUUUGAUGGCCACUCCCCUACAAGCUCCGGAGGCAGUAUGGACUGGCUGUGUAAUGGAGACUCGGGCAGAGACUGUGACAGCACUGACACAGCACCAGUAGGAGAGGAGUAUCACCAGUACACCAAUGGGAAGUACAAGCAGCAGACGAGGCGCCUCGAUCCAGAGUACUGGAAGACAGUGCUUAGCUCCAUCUAUGUGGUCUUUGUGUUUGGGUUCACGUCCUUUGUCAUGGUCAUAGUGCAUGAGAGGGUGCCUGACAUGCGCACAUAUCCUCCACUGCCAGAUAUUUUCCUAGACAGUGUUCCCAGAAUACCAUGGGCCUUUGCCAUGGCUGAGGCAUGUGGGGUGAUCCUCUGUAAUAUAUGGUUGUUGGUUCUGCUGCUCCAUAAACACAGGUCCAUCCUUUUGCGGCGCAUGUGCAGCCUCAUGGGGACGGUGUUCAUGCUCCGCUGUAUCACCAUGUUUGUCACCUCCCUGUCUGUGCCAGGACAGCACCUGCAAUGCUCAGGAAAGAUGUACGGGGACAUGUGGGCCAAACUGCAGCGAGCCGUGGCCAUCUGGAGCGGUUUUGGGAUGACCCUGACAGGAGUGCACACAUGUGGUGACUACAUGUUCAGCGGCCACACCGUGGUCAUUACCUUGCUCAACUUCUUUGUCACAGAGUACACCCCACGGAGCUGGAACUUCAUCCACACGUUGUCCUGGGUCUUGAACCUUUUCGGCAUCUUCUUUAUCUUGGCCGCACAUGAACACUACUCCAUCGACGUGUUCAUAGCGUUCUACAUCACGACCAGACUCUUCCUGUACUACCACACUCUAGCCAACACCCGGGCCUACCAGCAGAGUCGACGAGCGCGCAUCUGGUUUCCCAUGUUCUCCUUCUUUGAGUGCAACGUCAACGGCCCCGUCCCCAACGAGUACUGUUGGCCCUUCAAUAGACCGGCCGUCUUUAGGAGGCUUAUUGGAUAAUGAACAGCCGCGGUACUGUCAGACACUUCCUAGCCCGUGCUGUUUAGUCUGCUUUGUCAAGUUGCCAACUGAGUCCGUGUGUGAUGUCUUCAUCCACAAAAAGACUACUGUUGUGAUCCUGUUAGCACCGAGGCCUGAUGGGAUACACAGAGCCAUACCUUCUUAUAUUCUGGGAUUUAUCUUCAAACAUUCUUCCCCCUGUCCCCAUUUUUAGAUGAACAAAAUCAUACAGAGUUUCUUAAAAAGCCCCCAACAUUCUUUGCUUGAUUUUGAAAAGUGAGCACAGUGGAGAUGUUUAUUGGUUGCUUAUGUCUCCUCUAAAGGGAUAUCAUUGUAUGUAGCAUCAACUUCAUUUUUAAGUACCUCCUAUCCUUAGAACUUAAGUGUAAGCCUGUUGGAGUAUUUGGAUAGCAGAUGAUAAAAGGAAGCCACAUCAAACAAUUCUCAGGCAGCAGUGUCCCUAAUCCUUCACAGUAGUUUGCCAUUUUCUGUUCAAUUAAAAUACCUGUUCAUUUCAAGGUUUGGAUCUGGAUUCUUGACUGAAAGUUUUUUCUUACUUCCCCUUUUGUAAACUCUUAAGGACCACUGUUAUCAAAACUUAACUCUUAAGACCACUGUUCUCAAAAUAUAAACCUACGGACCACUGUUAAAGCAAUAUGUAUAAUCUACAUUACGCUGUUUUCUGUAUUGCAAAAUGUUCAUCAUUUUGAGAAACAGAUGCUACUUCUCUGCCAUUGUUUGAAAGUCUUUUUUAUUCCUUGAAAUAAUGCUUAGGUUUCGUCAGUGUUACUUAAUGUUGACAGAGCAAUUCAUUGCUCAUUGAUUGAUACAGUAAAGGAUGAUAAUGUCAUUAUCAGCCAAUACAUGGAAUCAAAGAUUAAUUUCCAGUUGUCUUAAGUAUAAUUCCAAUUGCCAAUAACCUUGAGUGUUAUGAUAGGUUUCUCCGUGUAGAAAUGUCCCAAAUAUUUCAUGUUUACUGUUUGAUAGAUGUAUAGUGUUUUUCUUUUUAUUAUCAUCAUGCGGUGUAAAUUCUAAUAAUCCUUUGACAUUAACUUGUAGUAAUAGUUCUUAAAAAGGAUCCUUAAAUUUGUAUGUAUUUGUUUAUAUUAAUUUAUUUCAUUUUGUAACAGUGAAUAGGUAUUUUUAUAUUUCAUAUACAAUGUUACAGCAACAUGCACAUGAAGAAAUAUGUUUACAGUUGCUCUUGACUAUGUAUUUAUUUGAAACACAAUGUGCUUUUUAAGUGUAAUGUUGAUUUCAGAGUGGCCUCUACAUUUCAUUGAGUGAAACCUGCCACUGUAGUAAGAGAGCUGCUCUCAGUGCAGCCUGUUGGAAACAUGGUUAUUCUAGAUGGAGUUGACACUCUACAACUAAUCCUUUCAUUGAGGAAUGAUGCUGUUGUGUUCAUUUGCUGACGCAAAGCAGCCUUACUCGUUUCAUGUCUCGUUCAGUCAUUUCAAUCAUUAAAGAGUGAGAAA